GUAGAGUGGACAUGCGUCUUGUGGAAGAGUCCUACCAAUGGGUGGAGGACACAAUUGUAUUUCAACCCGACAUCAACACGUGGGCAGUCUUCGGUGAAGGAGGCAUUCCUGGAUGCAGGGAAUGGUCCGUACAGGGGAUUCACUCUUGAUCAUGAAGUGGGGGCUAAGCUUGUAGGCUCCAUCAUUGAUUCGGGAAAAGACAUGGGGCGUAAAGGCAACCUCAACAACCUCAAAGUGGCCGUUCAUGCCACGGUCGAGAGGGUCGUCUUCCACAACUCAGAGUCUUUGGCUUGGAGUUUACUUCGGUAUCCUGUCUUUUGUUUAAUAUGUUAUCCUCUGUCCGCCAAGGAUUAUCUGCUGUUGGAGUCGUUUACAUUGACUCCACUGGCCGGACCCAUGGAGUCAUGUUACAUCCCGGAGGUGAACGCUGGCGCUAUUGGUAGUACUCAGCUUUUGCUACUAAGCGGUGUUGGCCCAAACUCAGACCUCUCCUCCUUGAACAUCCCCGCCAUCUACCACCAGCCCUUUGUUGGCCAGCUCCUCUACGACCUAACGCGCAAUGACAUCAACAUCAUCCCUCCUUUUCCAAUGGCGGUCGGCGGGCUCGGCGUGGUAGGGAUCACCAAAAAAUGGUUAUUACGUGGAAGCUAUAUCAGGUCCGCAAGUGUUUUUCCAUUUUAUUCUCCUCCUGGCGUCAUAGUCUUCCCACACCCAUCUCCUCCCGUGAGCUUCCCAGUGUUGACCCUCUUUGAGAAGCUUUCAAAACGGUCUCAACCGGUUCACUUCACUUGGAAUCACUAUGGAUAUCCGCAAUCGCCCCCAAGGUCCGACCCAAAGGAUUUGGCCCAGUGUGUCCAGGGGAUGCGCAAUGUUGAGAAGGCAAUGAACUCCCAGGCAAUGGAGAAGUACAAGUUUCAGGACCAGGAAGGUAACCGGUAUUUUAAAUUUGUGGGUCGCGCCUUCCCUGAAAACAAGACUGACGAUGAGGAGAUGGAGACUUUUUGUAGGAAGACCAUGGCCACCAUCUGGAAUUAUCACGGUGGGUGUGUGGUGGGGAAGGUGGUGGACAAGGAUUUAAAGGUUGUGGGUGUCAAUGCAUUGCGUGUUUGU